CUUUCCUUUGUUGUGAUUAGAGACCAACCAUACUUGAGCCAACUAGAGAGACCAAAAGAAAGAGGGCGAUAUGGCUGCAGUAAAGGCAGCCAUAGGAGAUGCAGUUUUGACCUCUCUAUGGGUAUUCAGUUUGCCAUGCCGGGGCGUUUUAUCGUCAAUGGCGGUGAGGUUUCUGGGCGUUCAGGGCCUGUCACUUCCUAGGCUCUUCAUCACAACAAUUGUAACAAGUGUUUUUGUGUUGACAUUUAACGUCGCCGGCAGUGCAAUGGGAGGUGCAAGCCUCAAUCCAGCCACUACAAUCUCAUCCUAUGCAACAGGCCAUAAACCAAAGUGGUCUCUCCUGUUCAUGGCUGUCCGAUUUCCGGCUCAGGCAGCCGGUGCAGUUGGUGGGGCCAAGGCAAUUCUGCAAUUCAUUCCAACACAAUACAAACACAUGAUUAAAGGGCCUGCAUUGAAGGUGGAUUUGCACACUGGAGCUGGAGCUGUAGUUUUCGACUUUUUGGAAAUAUUCUAG